GUACAAUUUAGUAUCAAACCACAAACUGUCAACAAAUGAUUUGUCACCAAAUUGUUCACGACGACGAGAUACCUUUAACCUCAAAACAGAAAAGUCAAUUAUGAGAAAUGUAAACAUCGAAUUCGAUUCUUAAGGGAAACAACGUGAGGAGCUCUUGAUUAGUUGCUGCCAAUGGAAAUAGCAUUAACUGUAACAAAACAAAUAGUUGAAGCUAAGGUUUUUUUGCAUUGUCUACAAUAUGUCUUACCCGAAGUACACACCUGCUGAAAGGCUUGAAAUGAUUCGGAGAUAUUACGGUGGGCUUAGUUUCCAAGGUGUUCGUGAUCACUUUGCUGCGGAACAUCCAGAUCGGCCCAUUCCAUCUGUUCAUACAAUUAGGUCCACUGUACUUCGGCUUGAAAAGACAUAUUGCCUUGCCAAUGGUCAUAAGAAAAUACCUCGCCCCCGGAGAGCUCUUAGUGAGAAUGUGUGUCUUCUCAUUUGUGCUGCUGUAACACAAAAUCCAAACGCUAGCAGUUCAGAAAUAUCUCGUCAGGUUGGGACUUCAAGAUCUUCUGUUAUCAAGGUUCUCCAUAAAAAUGGAUAUCACUACUCCAUGCAGUCUCACAACUGUGGUAUUUGGAUCCACAGAAAGGGUCAAUUACGUAAACGAAAAGAGAUUGGAGAAACAGAAGAAGCGGAAGAAUCGGAAGAGACAGAUGACUCAGAACAUAUGGAUGACACAAGAGAGAUUGAAGAAUCAGAAGAAAUGGAGGCAACAAAAUUAAUGCUGCAAGGAAGAAACCAUGAAAAGAAUGUGCAAGGUGAUUUUAUACACGAAGUAAAGCAAGAAAUUCAGCCUGAAGAAUAUAAAGAUGAACCACAAGACCCGCUGUUCAUUGAUAUUGAAUGCUUUAAAGCAGACCCUGGAUAAUACUUCGUGAUAUGAGGUGGUGACUUUAUUAAAUAAGAUUUUUAGACGAGAUCCAAUUUUUCACUUUCAUUACCAGUUUUCUAGUUACCAAAUAGAUAUCCGUGAUAUAAAAAUUAGGACAGAUAUUUGUGUUGUGGGCAGUGAUAAAUACAAGAUCUAGAUUAAGGAUAUAUUUCGUCCGAUGGGCAAAAUUGUACAGCAUGAUUGAUAAUUCGAAACAUCCGAUCUGUACUGUAUUUAUCUACAUCUUUGUUGAUUUCUGUAUUGUUCUGAAUAGUAGUCUACCUUAAAUGCAGGGCUGAUAGUGCAGCACCUUUUCUUUCAAACUCAUUUUUUUGCCACUAUCUAGUGCAAAGUUACUUCUUUCUAUUAGAUCACGAUGACCUAGAUUUUUUUUAGUGCCUACAUCCGCAUUGUUAGGGUGAAGCAAAGAAGCAAAGUUUUUCAAAAUCGAUAUGGCCGGUGGUCGGGUGUGGAAAGUUUAUGGGAUCGCGUGUCAGUAAAGAACAUU